CAAAAUUCCUAGGAAUAAAAUUGCUUAGGCAAAGUGGCUUCGGCUCUUUUGCCUUGGGGCUGGCUUCGUCAUCAUCAGUUAAAACGGCACGGACGCCAAAGUGGAAAGCGGAAACCACCCUCUCUUCCUUCUUUCUCCCCAUUAAGUGCCGCCCCCGCACUUUUAUUCGAAAACCAAUUAUUGGGCAGCAAAGUCAACCUCAGAUCAUUAAAAAGAAUAAAAAGAAAUUUGUAUUUUUGUUUCUUUUUUUGGGGGGGAUUGUUGGGUUUUUGAGAGAUGUCGUCGGAGAUCGAGGCGGUGGAGGAGGCUGUGCCUCUGAAGCAAUUGGGUGACUCUGUAGCGAAUGGAAAUGAAUAUGGGGGAGGGAAUCUUGGGAUUGUUGGUGAUGUUAUUGAUGAUGAGAGCUUGAAGAACGAUGUCUACACCGCUGCUGCUUAUGGGGAUUUGGAGAAACUCCAUAGGUUGGUUGAGUUCGAGGGCUUCUGUCUUUCCGAGCCUGAUGGCCUUGGUUAUUAUGCCCUCCAGUGGGCUGCUUUGAAUAAUAGAACCGCCGCUGCUCAGUACAUCAUCGAGCUUGGUGGAGACGUGCAUGCAGUGGAUCAUAAUGGACAGACAGCCUUGCACUGGAGUGCCGUUCGUGGUGCAAUACAAGUUGCUGAGGUUUUACUCCAAGAGGGUGCUCGGGUGGACGCAGCUGAUAUCUAUGGAUACCAGAUAACACAUGUUGCUGCCCAAUAUGGUCAGACUCCUUUUCUCUAUCAUGUUGUUUCGAAAUGGAAUGCUGACCCUGAUACUCCUGACAAUGAUGGGCGAAGCCCUUUACACUGGGCCGCUUAUAAAGGUUUUACUGAUUCCAUACGUCUUCUUUUAUUUCUUGAUGCACAUAGAGGGCGUCAGGACAAGGAGGGUUGCACUCCUCUCCACUGGGCUGCUAUUAGGGGUAAUCUAGAAGCUUGCACAGUCUUAGUACAGGCGGGUAAGAUGGAGGACUUGUUGGUCACUGAUAAUAGUGGCCUUACACCUGCACAGCUUGCUUCUGAUAAAAAUCACAGACAAGUUGCUUUUUUCCUUGGAAAUGCUAGAAGGAUUCUUGAAAAACGAUGUGAUGGGAACAGCCGUUUUGGACGAUUGACAAGAGUAAGACUUGCACCACUUCUUUGGUGCAUUAUCUUGCUACUACUGGUGACCUAUAUUCACUCUGUCAUAAUGAAUUCCAAUCUGCCAAAUUUGACAGCUGGGUUUAGCCUUCUGGCAUGGUUUGGUGUUAUCCUAGCAUCUACUGGUUUGGUCAUGUUUUAUAGGUGUACCAGCAAGGAUCCUGGUUACCUCAAGACAAAUGUCCAUGAUCCUCAGACUAUGAAAGAUGAUGAACCAUUAUUGAAGAUCGAGACAAAUAAUCCUUCUUUGCUAGCUGGAAAUUGGUCUCAACUUUGUGCGACAUGCAAGAUUGUCAGGCCUCUUCGUGCAAAACACUGUUCCACUUGUGAUCGUUGUGUUGAACAAUUUGACCAUCAUUGCCCUUGGGUAUCAAAUUGUGUUGGCAAGAAAAACAAACGGGACUUUUUUCUUUUCCUUGUUUUAGAAGUUUCGGCGAUGUUGAUUACUUGUGGAGUUACUAUUGCAAGAAUUGUGCAGGAUCCGUCGGCCCCUUCUUCAUUUUCCCCAUGGAUGAACUAUUCUGUUUCUCAUCAUAUUGGUGCUAUUUCCUUUUUAGUUGUGAAUUUUUUCCUCUUCUUUGGUGUGGCUGCAUUGACUGUUGUACAAGCUUCUCAGAUAUCUCGCAAUAUAACAACAAAUGAAAUGGCAAAUGUCACACGGUAUAGCUACCUAAGGGGCGCCGGUGGUCAGUUUAGAAACCCAUAUGAUCACGGAUUCCGGAAGAAUUGCUCAGAUUUACUGAUCAAAGGCUACAACGAAGACAUACAGGCUAGUGAAGAUUCAGCACAUUCUGAAGGCAUUGGGAUGGUCCAAAUGUCUAGGGAUGAUGGUGAUUUGCAUAGUCUUGCCAACCAAAAUGGCCAUAUUGCCAUAAAUGUGAAUUCUAGCAGCACCAAUGCGCAUCAUGGGCAUGUUCAUUCUUCCCAGUGCAGCCAUAGUAACCAUGGCAAGUUGGAAGGCGAGAGCAGGAGUUUGGGAUCGGGUAUUGGUAGUGGAAGGAGUAGUGCAUAUCAAGUAUGAGUAAAACUGAUUUGCAUUGUAUUCUAAGCAUACAUCCAAUUUCGGCUUUUGUUUUGUAAAUCUAAGGGUUUGUUU